AGAAGAGUCCUCUAGUACUACUGCUGCCACUAUAGAAACAUUCGGAGCUUUCGGUUACAAAAUAUUAUAGUUUACCGUACAACAUCUAUGCAACAGAUUUUAUGUUUAAAAGAUUAUUAUUUUAUAUAUUUUUAAUUUCGUUUAGAAAAAAGUUGUCUUUUUAGGAUAGCAAAGCGUGCUGGCAGUAAAUGAUGCGUUAGCUUAGCUCGACAGCUAGUUAGUUAGCAUACGUACCGUUAACUGACCACUGAGCUGCUAGAUUAAACCAUUAUGGCAAGUCAGAGACCCCCAUCAGGCAGACCCAUGAGCCGGAGCUCUUUAGUCCCGGGGACUGCAAGACCGCCAACUGGCGUGAGACCUCCACAGACAGCGAUCAGAGUGGGAACUGGGAUGGUGCCAGGUACUGGACGUCCAGGGACCAGGGCUGGGCCCAUUGCCACCCCCGGUGUGUUAUCAGCUCAGAUUAAAGUGACAGAUCGUCCCGUCACUCAGCAGGGUCUCAGUGGAAUGAAGACAGGCUGGAAAGGACCCCAGAGGCAAAUCCUGGAUAAGUCCUACUACCUUGGUUUACUCCGGAGUAAAAUAAAUGACCUCACAACAGAAAACAGCAAGCUCCAGAAAGAGAUUGACAUCUUCAACCAGGAGAACUCGGUUUACCUGUCAUAUGAUAAAAGAGCUGAGAGUCUUGCUGGAGAAAUAAAGGAUCUUCAGGGGCAGCUGGCGGACUAUAAUAUGCUGGUUGAUAAACUGAACACCAACACAGAAAUGGAUGAAGUCAUGAAUGAAAUCAGCGUGCUGAAAGUACAGAAUGACCGAGAAGCCCAGAGCAUAGACGCCAUAUUCACAGAGAGAAGAGAGAAGGAGGACUUGAUCCAUGCUAUAGAGGAAGAGAUUGAAAGGGAGAAACAGGCAGCAGAUGACAUCGUGAAAAAAAUGCCUCCAGAGAAACAAGCCAAGUAUGCGGAGAUGAAAGCUGUCAACGAGGAGCUGCUACAGGAACUGGCGGCUCGUCAGGACGAGCUGGACGCACUGAUGGCCAGGAAGGAAACAUUAGAAGCUGACUUGGAGCACUCUCGGGUCAAGCAGGAAGCUGUGAUUCUCUACGAACGGCUGCAUGAACUGGAGCUGCGCCGAGACGCCCUGCAGGUUGAAGACAAGAGCAUGAUCUCUCCACAGGAAGAACGAGAACGUCUGCUGAAACAGGUGAAAGAAGAUAAUCAGGAAAUUGCCAGCAUGGAGCGGCAACUGACUGAAACACGGGAAAAAAUAAACCGCCUCACGGAAGAGUUGCGACAACUUGACAUGGACCUGGAGGACCAUCAAGGUGAACGAACCCAAAAGUACAAAGAGCUGCAGAAAAAAGAAGAGGAAAUCGACACUUACCUGGAGACGUUUGACACAAAUCGUGCUCAGGAGCUGGAGCACAUGGAGGAGACUCAGGCCAGCAUCGUGGCUCUGCUGGAGCAGUCUAGCAGGAUGAUUAAUCGUAUGAAUCAACUUUCAGCCGUCAGUCCCCAUGAGCUCAAGUCCAUGCAGGAGGACCUCAGCUUUAAAGAGACAGAGAUGCAGAAAUCUCAGAGCACGGCCAACGGACUGUCUUCUGAGUGUGAGCGUCUGCAGCAGGACCUGCUGAAUGUAGAGCGACUGGAAGGGAAAGUGCAGGCAGAGAUGAAAUCUCUGAAAGAAAAGAUCCAGGAGAUGACUGAAGGACUGAAGACGUACAGGGAUCUGGAUGCCCUGAAAGCCUCCGGAGAGCAGAAGAUGAAGAUGUUGCAGGAAGAACGAGUGUCUCUAAUAGAGAGGAGAGAUGCCUUUAAGAAGAUCAAUCACCAGAUGAAUCAGGAAUACGAGGCUCUUGCAGCACAAUUACAGGAGAACGAGACUCACGCACAGCUGACAAACCUGGAAAGGAAGUGGCAACAUCUUGAACAGAACAACUUUGUUAUGAAAGAGUUCAUCGCCUCUAAAGGCAUGGAGAGCGAUUACCAGCCCGUGAAGAAGAACGUCACCAAGCAGCUGUCUGAAUACAAUAAGAUCCUCAUGGAUGCUUUGCAGGGCACCAAAAACUGACCACCACUUCCUGCCUCCCUCGGCCGCCAUUACUGCUCUGCGACUUCAUCACUGACUCACUUCCUGUGCAGGAUUUCUCUCCUACUCAACAUUCCAAAGGCAUGGCACACGUGCUGUAGAGAUUAGAACCGGACCUGGUGGUUAAAAUUAAACAAAAAACAAAACCCAGACACAAAACAUUCUGUCUUUCUCAGAUUUAUCUGUGACAGAUUUAUCUUUAGUGAGUAGACAAAAGUCGAGUAUGAAUCUGAAUCAAGUAUAUGGAUACUUAUACCGGAAUAUUUUGAUUAAUAUUUAGUAAAUGAUCUUUCAAAGGGCAGCUCUUCACCACUUCCUGUGGAAAUGUGUCUGGGAUUAGUUCGCAUGUUGGUAAAUGAGGAACUUGGAUCUUGUGGUAAUUGAAAUAAAACUGUUUUGCAAUGUACUGAAUUAAAUUAUUUUACACCCUACUGCAUCAAUAAAACUCUAAAUUGGAUCAUACAUUUGAUACAUUUCAGGUUGAGUACUUUAACAUGACCCCGUUUUCUUGACCUCAUCUGAAAUCUGAUAAAGUCACAUUCCAAAGAGACAGUGGAAUUUUUUACGUAAAGUUCUGCACAUU